AUGGAUGGAAAAUUGGUUGGGGUAAUCUCUACGCCAGGACCCCCAUGUUGGAAGGUGUACGUUGAUGGGGCAGCAAAUCAAAGAAGGUCUGGAGUAGGGCUAGUCCUGAUAUCUCCUGAGAGGACUACCAUAGAGAAGUCCCUGAGACUUGGGUUCCCAGCCACGAAUAACGAGGCCGAAUAUGAGGCCUUGUUACAAGGAAUGCCCAUGGUGCGGAAAAUGGGAGGAAAAGCAAUAGAGAUGUUCUUAGACUCAAGACUAGUAGUGGGCCAAGUAAAAGGAGAAUUGGAGGCCAGAGAUUCGAGGAUGCAAGAGUACUUAAGUCAGGUCAAACGCUUGCAGUCAGACUUUAACCUUUUCAGCUUGUCACACAUCUCCAAAAGUGGAAACACUCAUGUAGAUUCAUUGGCCACGCUUGCUACCUCCUCGGCAGGGGGUCUGCCUUGA